UUAUCCCAGCUCUCUGGCCUCCCCAACAUGAGCCGCCAAUUCAACUGCAAGUCAGGAGCUGCCACCAAGGGGGGCUUCAGCGGCUGCUCCGCGGUGCUCUCAGGGGGCAGCUCGACCUCUUACCGGGCAGGGGGCAAAGGGCUCGGCGGGGGCUUCAGCAGUCGGAGCCUCUUCAGCCUGGGGGGCGCCCGGAGCAUCUCCUUCAACGUGGCCAGUGGCAGUGGGCGCACAGGCGGCUAUGGGUUUGGCCGGGUCCGGGCCAGUGGCUUUGCUGGCAGCAUGUUUGGCAGUGCAGCCCUGGGGCCCGCGUGUCCAUCCGUGUGUCCUCCAGGGGGCAUCCACCAGGUCACUGUCAACAAGAAUCUCCUAGCCCCCCUCAACGUGGAGCUGGACCCCGAGAUCCAGAAAGUGCGCACGCAGGAGCGGGAGCAGAUCAAGGCUCUGAACAACAAGUUCGCCUCCUUCAUCGACAAGGUGCGGUUCCUGGAGCAGCAGAACCAGGUGCUGGAGACCAAGUGGGAGCUGCUGCAGCAGCUGGACCUGAACAACUGCAAGAACAACCUGGAGCCCAUCCUCGAGGGCUACAUCAGCAACCUGCGCAAGCAGCUGGAGACGCUGUCUGCGGACAGGGUGAGGCUGGACUCGGAGCUGAGGAGCGUGCGGGACGUGGUGGAGGACUACAAGAAGAGAUAUGAAGAGGAAAUAAACAAGCGCACGACGGCUGAGAAUGAAUUCGUGGUGCUUAAGAAGGAUGUGGAUGCAGCUUACAUGAGCAAGGUGGAGCUGCAGGCCAAGGUGGAUGCCCUGGACAGAGAGAUCAAGUUCUUCAAGUGCCUGUACGAGGGGGAGAUUGCUCAGAUCCAGUCCCACAUCAGUGACACGUCCGUCAUCCUGUCCAUGGACAACAACCGCAACCUGGACCUGGACAGCAUCAUCGCCGAGGUGCGCGCCCAGUACGAGGACAUUGCCCUGAAGAGCAAGGCCGAGGCCGAGGCGCUGUACCAGACCAAGUUCCAGGAGCUGCAGCUGGCAGCUGGCCGACAUGGGGAUGACCUGAAAUACACCAAGAACGAGAUCUCAGAGCUGACCCGUCUCAUCCAAAGGCUGCGCUCGGAGAUUGAGAGUGUGAAAAAGCAGUGCGCUAACCUGGAGACGGCCAUUGCCGAUGCCGAGCAGCGGGGCGACUGUGCCCUCAAGGACGCCCGCGCCAAGCUGGACGAGCUGGAGGCCGCCCUGCAGCAGGCCAAGGAGGAGCUGGCGCGGAUGCUGCGCGAGUACCAGGAGCUCAUGAGCGUGAAGCUGGCCCUGGACAUCGAGAUCGUCACCUACAGGAAGCUGCUGGAGGGCGAGGAGUGCAGGAUGUCCGGAGAAUACACCAACUCUGUGAGCAUUUCGGUCAUCAACAGCUCUGCGCCUGGCACUAUGGGCGCAGGGGCCGGCUUUGGGUUUGGCGGCGCUGGCACCUACAGCUACUGGCCCAGCUCGGUCGGGGGCUACGGCAUGCUGUCUGGGGGCUGUGUCACUGGCAGCGGGAACUGUAGCCCCCGUGGGGAAGCCAAGACCAGGCUGGGGAGUGCAAGCGAAUUCAAGGACUCCCAGGCAAAGACCGGAGCUCUGAGCUCAUCCACCAAGAAAACCACGAGAUAAAGGGGAAGACAGCCCAUUUUCCAGCCUUCUGCCUCCCUUUGCUUUUCCCUAGACUCACUUCUCCAAGAAACUCCUCUGUUUCCCCAUUUGCCACGAUCUCCUUCUUGCUUUUCUUUGCCACUGACAUCACUUCCUUCUUAUUGCUCUUUGGCCUCUCCACUUCCAUCUUUCUUAAUGUAGAAUCAGGAUCCUAGACUGGAGCCAUGUUUGGUGCCCGUCUUUCUGCUUCCAUACAAAGAGACCCCUCAACUCAACUCAACUUCCCUUCCUGAUGUCUCCUUGCAGAGGAAGGUUCUCUGGCCAGCAUAACCACAAUCUUCCCACUCCCCUUCCACACACUGGCUUGAUGACCGUUGGGCUGUGUGCUCCUUGGCUACAUGAGGUUUCAGGUCUACUCACAGGCCUAUAAGAACUGUCUCCUGUUAGAGCAACACCAGCUCAGGCAAAACACCCAGAGAUAGGUUGUAUCUCACAUGACCACUACACAUCAUUACGCAGCUGGGAGCACCCCUUGAGGCUGGUCCUUUCAACCAAGGGAUCUGUGCUCUCAAUCUGUGAGUUCUUGUCCUUCUG